CUCUGCAUCUCGCUCGUACAAACCGGCUGCUGCUGCAAGAACGCUCACAUUCGAGGGGGACCAUGACUGCGUCGACGCUAUUCUCCAAUGUCUAUGUGUCAGGCGCCAUCAGCGGCGUCUUUGCCGGCCUGGUUGCCAUCUUUGUGACAUUCAUCAUCGAACGAUGGGGCGGCAUCGUCGGCGGUGUCCUCGGAUCCAUACCCACGACCAUCGUCCCGGCUGCGGUCGGGUUCUGGCUCCAAUGCGACCCGAGCAGCAACGUGGACAUUGCCAAGUUCCAAAACUCGCUGCUAGGGGUCGUCCCUGGCAUGCUCAUCAAUUCGGUGUUCCUGUGGGUCUGGAAGGCUCUGCCGCCCAAGAUCGAGGCCAAGGCACCCACCCUGUCGAUUGCCAAGUUUCUGUCGCUCAUGGCUGCUCUCAGCCUGCUGGUGUGGCUCGUUCUUGCCAUCGCAGCAGUCCUGAUUCUCAAGAGUAUCGCUUCCCUGCCUGUCUCUGACAACGGCACGUCAGACGCAUAUACAGCCACCAUUGCGAUAUUCCAUGAGCCACAGCGCAUCGGAAGUUUCGUGGUCGCCCUGGCGUGCUUCUCGAUCCAACUGGGCCUCGGCAUCUAUAAUUCCUGGAACGUCGUGGCAGCUCCAAAGGGGAAGAGCAGAGUCGGCCCGCUGAUUAUUUUCCUGCGCGGACUAUUGGCUGCAGCCGCCAUUUUCGUGAGCCUGCUGAUUUCUAGAAUCAACGACUUUGCCGGUGGAGUUGCCUCCAUCUUCCCGGCCAUUUUCUUGACGUCGAUGGUGUCCUUGUGGAUCUCCCAGUCUGCAAGUGUCCCGGUUGGCGCCACAGGGCCGCUGAUGCUCGGCUCGCUCUCAGUCAGCUUCUUUGCCAUGUGUUCGUGCUUCUUGGUAACAUUGAUGAACCCUGUUGGCGCCUUUGUCCUGUGCUGGAUUGCGAGCGUGGCUAUUGUGUCGGUGCCAUCGUUUUAUACAUCAACUGGCGCCGCGCCGUCAAGAAUCGGAGGUCGGCCGAGGCUGCCACCAAGGAAGGCCUCGCUGGCAAGUCCCCGGAUAUCUCGGAGCAAGAGCUGAAGGCAGACCAACCCUCGCCGUGAAGGCGGUGGUUCGGCCGGACUUCGGUUUCCAGAAUGACAAAGUGCAUGAGACUCUGCAAAUGGAACAAUAUGACGUGAUGCAAAUGGAACAAUAUGACGUGAUGCAAAUGGAACAAUAUGAUGUG